AUGAAUCUAUGUAAAGCUUGGCUUGAGGUUACGGAAGACCCACGUGAACCCAAUUUUCAAAAGGAAAGGACAUAUUGGAGUCGGAUUACGGAUUGCUUCCUCAAGCUCGAAAAGAAACCCGCGGGUUAUCGUGAUGCUGAUGUGGUGGGUGCUAAAUUGAGAAAAAUGCGCCCACAAAUACAAAAUUUCAACCAAAUCUACAUUCGUCUCACCAAUGCAAUUAACCAUCAAAGUGGUGCAAAUGAGGCCGAUGUUGUGAAAGCCGCACUAAAUGAGUACCGUGGAACCUAUCUCAAGACGUUUGGAUUUUUGGAUAUUUGGGAGAAACUUCGGUAUAGUUCCAAGUUUCACUAUGUUGUUGACUUUAACGCGAAAAAGACUCGUUGUCAAGCAAGUGCCAAAAGAUCGAAAACAUCGUUGGAUAGCGCGGCUAGGAAAGCCGCGCAAGCGGGCUCAUCGGGUUCGGGAGGAAAAGGGAAGAGGAAGGCUGGGUAUCAAGAGACUUUUGACAAUUUAACUGUCAAAUUUGAGGGUUUGAUGGACAUAAGCAAGGAGCGUGUUGGUAUGGGUAAGGAGAAGAUCGAGUUGAGUAAGAUGAAGACAAAGGAAAGUGAGAUUAAGCUCCCCGAGUUAAACGUGUUGGCUAACGACUAUAGUCAUCUUCCAGAACCCAAUCGCUCGAUCAUGAUGAAGGCGCAACAAGAUAUCCGUGAAAAUAUGGAUAUAUGUAGUUUUUUUAUGUACUAA